GAUGCCGCCUCAAGAUCAGGGUCUUACUUUUGGGUGAUCCAUUUCGCGAUGGACCGUGAGAUCGUGCUUUCGAUCCAUUCGAAUAAUCCCAUAAGAGUCUUGUCAAGGUCAUGGCCUUUUGUGGAAUAUCGCCAUCUUUUUCUCCUCCAUAUACCAAUACCGUGGGUCUGCAGACAAUCUUUGCUGCUGACUUCUUUGCCCCGCUAACCGCCUCUACAAAGAGGCCAGGGGCAACGUCGAAUAGAUACGAGGCAUUCUUUAGAGCCUCGGACGGUUUGCCAGCCCCGCCCGAAGGAAUAAGCACACCGUCACUAGCAAGGUUGAGACACUCAUAGGUGUCCAAUUUUGUUCUUGCGGUUCGUGCAGGCCACCUGAAAGUGAAAAUAUUUGGUGAAAGUUGAAGCCGGUGGGCAAGAUCCACUGCUGGGUCAACGAUAUUUAUCCGAAGAGAGCUUUGCAGUUCUGCAGCGGUUAGAUAUGGCACUACAACCGAUAGAAGAGAGGCAAGGUCUUCGGUGAUAAGGUUGAGGUAUGCAGCUCUCCUGGAUUUGAAUGAAUUCUGGCUGGUCAAUGCUGUGAGCGUCUCAGAUCUCCAUUCUCUGCAGUGCAAAAUGUCUAGUUUCGGUUUUUAUUAGCUACCAUACCCCAUAGAAAUGCUACAUAGAAUAGAACGUACCUCGGGGAAGCUUAGACAUCGCGCCCUCU